CGGCCGAUCUGCAUCUCGUCUGCACAUCGAACACCAUGAGCGCAAGCCGAGGCCACAGCGCCAAGAUCCUGGAUCCGCUGGAUCCAGAGUACGACCCGGAGCAACUGUCCUCAAGCAGAUCGAAGCGAGAGCAAGAGUCUCGGCCUCCCAAGCAACCGCAAUCGCAACCGCAACAGCCGCGCUUCCGCCCUCCUCCAGCCGCGGUUACGCACCCAACACCCCAGAUCUACCCGUCCCAGCCAUUCUCGCCCCAAUGUCCGUGGACAGAGCACAAAGGACCCAACGGCAUAUCGUACUAUUACAACCACAAAACCCAGCAGAGCACCUGGGAGCGCCCCGCUGAGCUUGACCAGCCCCAGCAACCGAAGCAGCACCCUCUCCCGCCUCAGCCUCCCCUGCAGCCCCAGCAGCAACUCCCCAUCAACCCACAGCAGCAGCUUCCCAUCAAUCCGCAGCACCAGAUCCAAGCGCAUGCUCCUCAACAGCUUCCCCAGCGUCCGUCCGCCCCCGCUGCUACUGCAGACGACGGCCCGCCCGGCUCGGCUCUCGUGGCCAAGGCCCCACCGAUCGAGGAACAGCCCGCUGCCAAACCCGACCAAGUCGUUCCAAAGGAACGAUGUCUUGCCCUCAAAAAAAUCCCAGGGACCUCAUGGUCGAUCGUCCUGACGAACCAAGACCAUGAGUUUUAUCACAACAGCGACACAAAAGAGUCCGUGUGGGAGAUGCCGGAUGAGCUGGGCGAGCUGCUUGGCGAGCUCAUGGCCCAGGCAAUGGGAGUGCCUGACGACGAUGAUCUGCUGGACGACGACGAGGCAAGCAUCGACAGCGAAGUAGACGAGGAUGAAGACGAUGACGAAAACGACAGUGCCGAAGAUGACGAUGAUAAGAACGACGAUGGAUAUGGGCUCGACCGAAGCGACAGCGACAAUGACGGCAGGGCCGUUGCAGAGAAAUCGUCAGCCAUGAUCCAGGAUCGCACUGCUUGUGUGGAAACCGCCAAAGCCUCAGAACCAUCGCUCCGUGCAAUGGAAGACACGGGCGCUGACGAAGACUUGGAAGUUGGCACAGAGCAUGGCACCAAACGAAAGCUUGACACAGACGAGAGCCAGGAUGCCACCUCCGAUACACAGCGCGACGAUAGCAAGCGAGCCAAACCGCAAGAGUCUCGUCCACCCGCAGCGAGUCUGAGCCAGGAGGACAAAAUCAAGCUCUUUAUGUCGCUCUUGCGCGACCUCGACAUUUCUCCGUUUUCCACUUGGGAGAAGGAACUGCCAAAGAUUAUUCACGAUGAUCGCUACACAGUGCUCCCGACAUUGAAGGAGCGACGACAGACGUUUGAAAACUACUGCAAGGUCCGUGUGGUCGAGAUCCGCGAAGAGCGCAAGACGCAGGCCAAGGACUCCAAAGAGAGCUUCCUCAAGCUCCUCCAGGAGCACUGUAGCUACAGAUCCACCUUUGACGAGUUCCAAAGGAAGCACAAGCGUGACCCGAGGUUCUCUGGCGUCGAUGCCAAGGAAAGAGAGAGCCUUUUCAAAGACCACAUCAAGGCAUUGCGCGACUCAGAGCUUGAUCGAAAGCGACAGGAGACCAAGGAGGCAAAGGACCGGUUCAUGGAGCUGCUCCGAGAUACCGACGAGAUCCGGCACGACUCGGAAUGGUACAAGGUCAAGCGGCUCAUUCAAGAUGAUCGCCGCUAUCAGGGAGUUCUCGCGAUGCACGAGCGCGAAGCAUAUUUCCAGGAAUACAUCAAGGAGCUGGUCGCUGCGGAUGAGACCCUGCGUGUCAAGAAAGAGAAGGAGGCUAAAGAGCGGCAGCGCCGGGAGAGAGAAGAGGCAAGUCUUCGCGAAAGAGAGGCCCAGGUCCGGCGCGAACGUGGUCGCUUCGAGCGAGAACGGCGGGAGCAGCUCUCGACCCUCCGACGGGAUGAGGCAAUCCAACUGUUCAAGGGCAUCCUUACCGAUUCCAUAAGAUCGCACAAGACCCAUUGGAGCGACAAAGUCACUGCGCUCGAACGAGACCCGAGGUACCAGCAGAUAAGCAGAGCCCUCCCUGAGCGCGAUCAAAAGGAGAUGUUCUACGACCAUCUCGACGCCAUCUUCCAGAAGCGUCUCCAGAGCUUCCACCGACUCCUAGAAGAAACCAUCAAAUACUCGACUCUGACCCUGCCAUUCGCGGAGCUGUUGCCCAUGAUCCGGAACGGGAGCGAGACCGAGCGUCUGGAGCUCCAGGACCUCGAGAAAGAGCUGGAGCCGAUUGUCGAGCGGUGGCGCGAGCAAAAGAUCAAGUCCUGUCGAGCCGGCGUCCACGAAGCCCUGGAAAGCAACAACUUUAUCCGGUUCCACAUCAAGAAUGUCGUCCAGUCUGUCGAGGCGACAGCAGUCGAGAAGGGCGAGGUUGAGUCGCCCGCCGACAUCAAGAACGAGACCAUAGUGGCUGCACUGGGACUGCAAGAGAUCACCAAGGUCUUGGAGGACGACCCGCGCUGGGUCAUCUUCCAUGUCUUCCCGGAAGAGCGCAUGUCGAUCCUCAAGAGUUUUAUCGAGUCGGCGGUGCACAACACUCGUGCCGAGAAGGGCGGCACCCUCGACAAGACUCUGUCUCGCCAUAUGGGCGGCCGGGCUUAAAGAACGACCGAUAUCCGAAACGCCGACCUGAGCAAAGCGAGAAGCUACGCAGCGAUACAUAAUAGCACCCACGCAAUGGAACGGAGGCGCCCGUUCUGUUGCAGAAUAUCCACUUUAUUUUGAUGGGAAUACCCAUAAUCAACUCUCAUC